UAUUGUUAUUGUGUGAAGAGUGCAUUUGCAAUUUCGUGCGAGACGCCAUUUGGAAAUGGCAAAUUUAAAGUACGUCAUUAAUAUGGCGCCAAAAGAUUUUUUUUAAGUGUGAGCUUAUUUUUUGUAAGGUUGCAAGACCCAGUAUACGCCUGUGCAAUCAGACAGGAGGGAGAGCGCGAGCAGCAGGGAGAGCACGAGCAGGCGCGAGAGGGAGCGUGCGAGCGACCACGAGAGGGUAGAAAUGUUUUUAUGGCAGAGCAUUGCGAAACUAACGUUAGCUGGCUAGCAAACCUUGCCUGAGUCCUAUACUGCAAUUUCAACCUUUCGGUUUUUUUUACGGGAAUUGAAGAAAAAAAGACAAUCUGGCUAUUAAUCAUAAACUGACGGAUGCCACCCCUGGACCUGGAUUCUUACCGAAAAUGCGACAUGGUUUUAGCAAAUUUAGCUAACUAGCUAGUUGGCUAGCUAGCCUUAUAUCAUAGUUAGCCCGCUGUGGAUGCUCGCUAACUGGUUAGAUAAUUUGGAUUUCGGAUGAUAUCGCUACAAAGUCUAAAAAAGAUUAAGUUUGUACAAUUAAGAACUGCGUAGGCGGCCAUCGCAGUUUUGUUGCAUAAUAUGUUGCGCUCUUGGAUGGGAUUUAGCUAAUGUGGAAUAGCGUGGAAAUAGUUAGCUUCUUGCUACUUUUUAUUUCGACUUAAAGGAGCAUCUAACGUUAGCAAGCUAGCUAACACUGUCACUUGCUACCAACGUGGAAUGCUAAUUUAGCUGUAGCAGGCUACCUACCAAUACUAGAAUUAUCUCUAAAUGUCAGUGGUUACCAAUGAUCUCCUAAUAUCGCAGCAUCGUCCAUCCUCCAGCACCGAGGACAGUUUACCUCCUGAAGAAGCCUGCAAGCAAGGUAAAAAGAUGGAGAGCGAGACCAAGAGGAGGAAGUACUCCACCAGCAGCAACGACUCGGACACCACCGACAGUCAUGUGACCACCUGGUCGAGGUGCUCGAAGACCACGGGCACCAGCAGCACCUGGGCCCGCCAGGAGCCGAAGAAGCCGUCGGAGGUGUUCCGCACGGACUUCAUCACGGCCAUGAAGCUGCCGGACUCGGCCCAGCUGGGCCCGGAGGAGUUCUACCUGCUGUCCGACCCCUGGAGGCAGGAGUGGGAGAAGGGCGUCCAGGUUCCCGCCUACGUGGAGGCCAUCCCGGAGCCCGUCGUCAGGGUACUUCCCGAAGUUGGCCGCAUCUCCUUCUACUCCUCAGCCCAGACCCGGGGGUUCUCCGAGCUGGUACAGGGCGGGGAGCGGGCCCCCGAGCCGCUCUGCCAGUACGACCUGGACGAUCUGGACGUGUCCUGGCUGGAGCUGGUCAACACGGAGUUUAGGGAACUGGCACUGCCGGAGCUGGACGAGCUCACCAUGGAGCGCGUGCUGAUUGAGCUGGAGAAGCGUUGCCACGAGAACAUGCAGCUGGCCAUCGAGACGGAGGAGGGGCUGGGCAUCGAGUACGACGAGGACGUGGUGUGCGACGUCUGCCGCUCGCCCGAGGGGGAGGACGGCAACGAGAUGGUCUUCUGCGACAAGUGCAACGUCUGCGUCCAUCAGGCCUGUUACGGAAUCCUGAAGGUGCCCCUGGGGAACUGGCUGUGUCGUACCUGUGCCCUGGGGGUGCAGCCCAAAUGUCUCCUGUGCCCCAAGAGGGGGGGGGCCCUGAAGCCCACACGCAGCGGGACCAAGUGGGUCCAUGUGAGCUGUGCCUUAUGGAUCCCCGAGGUGAGCAUAGGCUGUCCUGAGAAGAUGGAGCCCAUAACCAAGGUGUCCCACAUCCCCGCCAGCCGCUGGGCCCUGUCCUGCAGCCUGUGCAGAGAGCACACGGGCACCUGCAUACAGUGCUCCAUGCCCUCCUGCAUAGUGGCCUUCCACGUGACCUGCGCCUUCGACCGCAGCCUGGAGAUGCGCACCAUCCUGGCGGAGAACGACGAGGUGCGCUUCAAAUCCUACUGCCUGGAGCACAGCAGCGCCCCCCACGGGAGCAGCAAGGCGGAGCAGCAGCAGCGCGGCGAGCAGGCGGGUCCCGAGCAGCCGCCCCAGCCGCCGCCGCAGCCGCUGCCGCCGCCGCCGCCGGACCAGACGGAGCGGGAGAAGGCCAGCCGGCGCAAGCAGAAGCUGCAGGAGAUGGAGGACGAGUUCUACCUGCUGGUGGAGCCCAAGGACGUGGCGGAGAGCCUGGGGCUGCCCGACGCGCACGUGGACUUCCUGUACCAGUACUGGAAGCUGCGCAGGAAGUCCAACUUCAACCAGCCGCUGGUGGCCCUGAAGAGGGACGAGGUGGACAACCUGGCCCAGCAGGAGCAGGACGUCCUGUACCGGCGACUCAAGCUCUUCACCCACCUCCGGCAGGACCUGGAGAGGGUCAGGAACCUGUGCUACAUGGUGUCGCGGCGGGAGAGGAUGAAGAGCUCCCUGUGUGACCUGCAGGAGAAGAUCUUCCACCUCCAGAUCCAGCUCCUGCAGGAGGACCUGGCGGGAGAAAAAACACUGAAGGGGGAGAAAGGACGACAAAAUGGAGUGAAGGAGAGAGGGAAAGAGCGGAGGAAGAGCAGUCCGGAGAAGAAGGAGAGGUGGAAGUCUGAGAACGGCUCACUGCUCAAACAACUAGGUUUGUCGAAGUCCUUCCCCCUGGACGGGACGCUGUUUGACGGCUGGCUGGCGCAGUCGGUGCAGAUCACGGCGGACGAUGCGCUGAGCCCGUGGUCGCUGGACGGGAAGCACCGCGACAGGACGGGCAGCCUGCUGUCGGACCAGCUGCUGCAGGGCGAGGAGAGCCUGCUCAGCCUCAUGAUGGACCACUCCAUGAAGUCCACCUGGAAGACCCCGCACCUGGGCCGCAAGACCCGGGGCAAGCCCCGCCCCCGGGGCCACAAGCCCCUCCCAAACUCCGCCUCCACGGCGGCGGCGGCGGGGGCCACGGCGGGGGCGGCGGUCGCCCGGGGCAACAAGGGGCCGGCGGCGGCGGCGGAGAGGGGCGGGGCCAGGAGGGCGGAGCGGUCGCGUUCGGCCAAGGCCCAGCACCACCUGCACCUGCACCACCAGCUGCACCCGCAGGCGCGGGGGGGCGAGGCAGAGCGGGACCCCCCCCAGCCCCCCAUCUCCAAAAUGGACUCCUGCCACAUCUCGGAGGAGCACGAGCCGUGGGACGGCCCCCCGGCGGCCCCUCCCCCGGAGCCCGGCUGUCCCGCCGCGGCGCCUAAGUCUGGGGGCGGGACCCGCUCCACCCUGCGGCUCCGCCUGUCCCGGCAGGGGAAGUCCCGCCCGAAGGCGGGGGGGCAGGACGCAGAGCGGGAGCGGGAGGGGGCGGGGCUGGGGGCGGGGCCGGGGUCGGGGGCGGGGAAGGACGCCUCGCUCUUUGACGGCGAGACGGACGGGUACUUCUCGGACGCGGAGCAGAGCGACUCGGACACGCGCUCCAGCGCGCGCAAACUGGGCCUGGCCCAGCUGCAUGCUGGGAAGGACGACGUGCUCAGGAGGAGCGUCAUGGCCUCCUAAAAACUGAAAGGAGAGAAGGAGAGACGUCGACCAGAAAAGGACUGACGGUGAAAUCUGCGUUCCAUCCCCCCCCCCCCCCCACCCCCCCGACUGCUCCUCUCAGCUCUGAGAGCUUGUGUGCGCUUGUGUCUCUCCAGACCACUCCAUCAAACCACAUCUCUGUAGCUCAUCUUUAAAAAGGAAGGAAGGAGCUCAGCAUGUCAUCGUAACUCGCAGCGCCGUUACUCAGCCGCCGACGUUUUCAGACCGCGGUGAUUAAUUAGCGCUCUUGCGAAGGCGGUGUGCACUUCCAGAAACACGCGCGCACAUUUUAUGUUUUGGUUUUGGAAUAUGCGUCAGACGGGGCCGUUUGAUUGGCCCUCCAACCCCCCCCCCCCACUCCAUGACAGUUGUUGCUGAGGGUAACGGUGAGAAAAGCAGGGAUGAAACUUUAGGGCAUUAGGAGCUGGUUUAAGUGUUACUCUUCCUUUCGACCUUUACUGGAGAUACAGUGACAGACUAGUCUUAUGGAGCAUUUCGCAUUUAAAAUAAAAUAAAAAACAACAAAAAAAACCACAUUUUUAAACUAUUUUCAAAAGCACAA